AUGUCGAAACCAUUCAGCACUCUGCCCUCGACGGCGAGAGUCGUUCCGACCCCCUUCCAGGUCGCCAUCCCCAAAGAUCAGCUGACGGAGAUGGAGACUCUUAUCAAGCUGGCGAAGCUUGCCCCGCCUACCUACGAGAACUCGCAGAUGGACUGUCGAUAUGGCAUCACGACACACUGGUUAAUAACGAUGCGGGAGCAGUGGCUCCGUUCCUACAAGUGGAAAGCAUCCGAGGACCGAAUCAAUAGUUUUCCCCAGUGGACGACGGAAAUUGAGGACAUGACUAUUCAUUUUGUCGGGCUUUUCUCGGAGAAUAAGGAUGCGAUUCCUAUUCUAUUGAUUCAUGGAUGGCCUGGAAGUUUUCUAGAAUUUCUCCCUAUUCUGGAGCUGUUCCGGGGCGAGUAUUCACCAAGUACCCUGCCUUUUCAUUUGAUCGUUCCUUCGCUGCCGGGAUACACGUUUUCGUCUGGUCCUCCGCUGGAUAAGAACUUUUCCACCGAGGAUGUCUCUCGUAUCCUUGAUCAACUUAUGAAAGAUAUUGGCUUUGAGAGCGGUUAUGUUGCCCAGGGUGGUGAUAUCGGGAGUCGAAUUGCCAGAGCCUUGGCAGUCGACUAUGAAAGCUGCAAAGCUGUCCAUCUCAACGUGACAUUCAUGAGCCGCCCGGACGGCAUGACCGACGACGGCCUGGAUGCCUAUGAGAGACAAGGGAUUGAGCGAAUGAAUAACUUCAGAGCUAUGGGCUCCGGCUACUCGACUGAGCAUGGUACUCGGCCUAGUACUAUCGGCCAUGUUAUCUCAUCGAGCCCGGUAGCGCUUCUUGCAUGGGUCGGUGAAAAGUUUCUCGAAUGGGUUGACGACCCAUUGUCACCCGAUCAUAUCCUCGAGUCAAUUACUCUGUACUGGCUCACCGAUACUUUCCCUCGGUCAAUCUAUACGUACCGUCAGAAUUUCCCACCUCCGCCAAUCCCGGUAACUAACACUCCUCGAUGGUUUAUUAAGAAGCCUCUUGGGUUCUCUUCCUUCCCUAUGGAGCUUGCUCGUGUUCCCCGAUCCUGGGUGGAGGCCACUGGCAAUCUUGUUUUCUGGGGACCGCACAAGAAGGGUGGUCAUUUUGCAGCACUUGAGCAACCUAAAGCAUUCAAGUCGGACCUAACCGAGUUCGUGGAGCAGGUAUGGCCAGGCAUAGCCAGUGGCAAGUAA